AUUUUGGACUAUUUUGCGCAUGUGAAGGACACAGCGUGUCAAACAUCUGUUGUUGUGAUGAGGUUGAGAAGUAAAGCCAAAUGAUGAGGUGUGUUGUUUUGGCGCAGGGGUGCGCAACCUGCGGCCCGUGGGCCAUCCAUAUGCGCAAGUCCCAAAAAUAGUCUUGUAAACAGAGAAAAUAAAUCUUCUGCCAAAACACGCUUGAACUUGAAAAAAACUGGUUUUGUAACAACGAGUAGAAUGAAUGCUUCCAUCCAUCACUCUUUAUUAGACACGCCCAUCACUUAGAUCGACCAAAACAUCAAAUAAAACCAAUACAUAAUUGAGAGCAGAAGUCAACAGGAAGACCAAAGCGGCUUCAGACCAUCCUCCUCCUCUCAAAAUCAGGAUAUGGUGUCAAACAGUAGCUAGAGCAAAACCGAAUAAACCGCCCUACUUGGCUAAUAAAUGACUCGCUUGCAGACUUCCGAGGAGCCUAGAAAAACUGGCUCGGUGGGCUCGGUGCGUACGCGUCACGUUUUUGAGUUCGUCUUUUCUUUGCUCGUAUCGUGGUGAGGUCAAAGGUAGGGUUGUGAAAAUGGCCGCAUUAUUGCCGGGCCAUAAAGUUUUCCCGGCAACAAAUGUCUGCUAAACAUUAGCGAGCCCGCGGGUCAAACGUGUCACACGCUUGGCAUGUUUCCGAGACCCGCCACUCGCUUUGGACACCUUCUUUGCCUUUUGACGUGCUUUGGGCAGUACUGGGCCUUCUCCUUCGGUGCCUCCAGGGUCACACACUCCACACCACUGGAGGAUGAAAAUGCGGCGGCACAGGGUGUUCUUGCUGUGCACGGUGGGCCUGUGCGUCAUCUCCUUCCUGCACUACUACAAGGCCCUCCACUAUGUGUCCCUCCUGCGCGAGCUCUCGGCGCCGUAUCCCAACAUCAAGUCCAUCGUGGUGGCCGGAUUCUUCUGGCAGGAGAAGGGACCCGCAACGGGCACGCCGCUCAGCCCCGCUUCUCCCGAGGAGGCGCCCCCGCUGCCGGUCCUCCGUCCGUCGCUCCCCAAAACCAGAGCUUCGGCCGAGGGGGACCGCCGGGUCGCGGCCGGGGCGGAAGGGACCGGCGCGGUGGUCAGCGCGGGACUGGAGAUGAGGCUCGGGGAGGUGCCGGCGCCUCCUCACCCAUGGGAGAAACCGGACGAGAACCCGAGGGGGGACCUUCCGAGUCUGCAACAGGAAAACGGCCUUCCCCGACGGCAUCCCACCCACCUGAGCGGCGACCCGGCCCGCCCGACGGCGUUCCUCAAAACCGGGCCGCCCUCGGACUCGUCGGAAUCCAUGGGCGACCUGCACACCCGCACUUACCGGCUGCGAGACGACAAGACGCCGUACUUUGCCCGAACCCGAGCCGGGGCGCUCUGCUUCCGACAGGGCACUGAGGUGGUCGGACCCAAAGCGGGCGGCGGCGGCGGGGCGGCCGCCCUCCCCGGCGGGGCCGCCGGCACGGGCCAUCGCAAACCUCUGCAGCUCCAGCAGCGGGCCUCGGCGCCGCCCAAGGCCAAGACCCGGGCCACGCGGGGCGGGCGGCGGCUGGUGAAGUGCGUGUGCCGGCCCGGCUGGCACGGCCCCUACUGCGGCGUGCCCACCAUGGUGUACCACUCCAACCUGCCCACCAAGGAGCGUCUGACGCCCCGAGAGUUGCCCCGCCGCGUCAUCAACGCCAUCAACGUCAACCACGAGUUCGACCUGCUGCACGUUCGCUUUCACGAGCUGGCGCAGGCCGUCGACCUCUUCCUCGUGUGCGAGUCCAACUUCACCGCCUACGGCGAGAGAAGACCUCUCAGUUUCCUGCGUCUGCUCCUGAACGGCACCUUCGACUACGUGCGCCACAAGAUCCUGUACGUGUUCCUGGACCAUUUCCCCGAGGGCGGGCGAAUGGACGGCUGGAUCGCCGACGACUACCUGCGCACGUUCCUGACGCGCAACGGCAUGUCGCGGGUGGAGGGCGGCCGGCCGGACGACGUCUUUGUCAUCAACGACGCCGACGAGAUCCCGGCGCGCGAGGGCCUCCUCUUCCUCAAGCUGUUUGACGGCUGGACCGAGCCCUUCGCCAUCCACAUGCGCAAGUCGCUGUACGGCUUCUUCUGGAAGCAGCUGGGCUCCCUGGAGGUGGUGUCGGGCUGCACCACGGGCAUGCUGCACGCCGUCUACGAGGGCGACGGCAUCAAGCUGCGCCGGCGCGAGUACUACACCAUGGCGGCCUUCCGCAAGUACGAGAACGACACGGGCCACAUCCUGGUCCAGUGGUCCCUGGGCAGCCCCUUCCACUUUGCCGGCUGGCACUGCUCCUGGUGCUUCCCCCCCGAGGGCAUCCUCUUCAAGCUGGUGUCGGCCCAGAACGGCGACUUCCCGCGCUGGGGUGACUACGAGGACAAGCGCGACCUGGGCUACAUCCGCCAGCUGAUCCGGACCGGCGGCUGGUUCGACGGCUCCCUGCAGGAUUACCCGCCCGUGGACCCCAAGGAGCACAUGUACGCACCCAAGUACAUGCUGGACCACUACCAGCGAUACCGCUACCUCCUGGAGAACCCUUACGCCCAACGACGCUGACCCGAGCGGGACCGGCCUGGGAACCGGACCGGACCGGACGCGACCACUGGAUUUACGCAAGCCCCUCCACUCUUUCUUGUCGUCACGUUUGGAGACUUCCUCUUCACACGCACGCACACAUGCACCUUCCUGCGUGUGUGUGAGCGAGACGGACUACUCGUGUGUGUGUGUGUUUGGACCAACGAGCCAUCAUCCGUCCUCAGUCUGUUCAAAGGAGGUUUUUGCUGUGAUUUGAUUGCGCCCACAUGUGGAUCGCAAGUGUGUGUGUGUAUGGGGGAGUGUGUGUGUACUAAUCCGUUGUGAGUUAGCAGUGUGCGUGUGUGUGUGUGCGCUUUUGUAUGUUAAAGAGAGGUUUUGCUGUGGUUUUGCCCCCCCACCCCUUCAUGAGAAUUGCAGGUGUGUGUGUGUGUGUGUGUGUGUGUGUGUGCCAAUCAUAAGUGAGUGUUGAGCAGGCCAAAAGAACCUUUGACUCCUCCUCGGAAACAAAUCGUACGUCCCGAGAAGAUGAGCGAGUGGCCACUUCCGUGUGCGUGUUUUGUCGAUCUCAAAUAAUGUUCAACUUGUAUUUGGUGUGACGAUGGCGACGGAAAAGGACGGCGGCGCCCAUGUUGACUGCGGAAGGACACUUGCUCGCUACCAUGGCGACGGAAAACAGGCCAAGACGGUGGUUGCUAGGGUAACAUGCUUAAUUACCAUAGUGACAGAAGACAGGAAAGCGGUUACCAUGGUGACCAAAAACAGGGCCGCUGAUUUUAAUCCGUAUCGUUCAGUAUUUGUAAAGAAAGUAAAAGUGCUUUGGUUGCCAUGGAAACACUGCAAUCACGGCAAUAAAACAGAGCUGAGAGGCUUUGGGGCGCGCAAGCGGCAAUCAAGCUUCAACAUCUGGGCGUUAAUGCAGCACGCGUGGCGAUGACCCCCGUGACCCCCGUCGCCGCGGCAACCGUCCUCACCACAAAUUCCCAGCGUGCCGAUGGCGUGAUGUCAUCGAGUUGGCCUUCAGCUUCGGAGCUAAUGUUGACAUCAACAAGAGCUUUAGUUUCAUGGGAAUGAGUUAUUUUUCAACAAAUCAAGAUUAGAUUUUUACAUUAAAAUGAUGAGGUUGUAUAAAGCAAUCCAAAAUGAAUAACUCUGUCCAUAAAACUUUUCAACACAAAACACCAAACUUUGCGGAUGUUCUUUGGCUCUUCCCUUGACCCUUUUUAUUUGGGCUACCGAACCUGAAAUCAAGGAGUCGGCUCAUAUUUAACGAGAUUUUUUUUUUUUUUUAUGCGUGUGUGCCUGCAAUUCUCAUGUGCUAUUUCUCCAGUUCACCUUAAAACAAUCAUAUCCUGGGUUUCCCUGGCAACCGGCCGGCGGAAGUAGGAGAACGACGGGGAGGGACGGGAGGAAUCAUCGAUUAUUUUUGCACUUUUUCUGUCUUGUUUCGAUGAAAUGUGCGUGUGUGUCUUUCUAUUUAAAUUGUGUUGAAAUGGCAUCUACUUGGCAGCUUGAUAUUUAAUAAGUGGUUUGAGGCGUGCGUGCGUGCGAGCGAGCGAGUGUGCGUGUGUCAGCCUGCUGUUGGAAUAGACGUCCACUCACUCACUCACUCACUCAUUCACUCACUCACUCACUCACUCACUCACUCAGUCACGCGUCUCUUACCUCCUCCAAGGCCAUCAAAUAACCAAUCACUGAGGCUUUUCUUUUCGGCAUGGUUUUCCCGCAUCGCUCGCCGUUUUGCGAUUGGCCGUUUUCUGAUGCAUUUAGCGGCGUGAAUGCACCUUAUUGAUUUGUGUGAACAUUGGGUCAUUAACAGGGUUGUUGUGUUAUCUUGAUGCUAUUUUUUUGUUGUUGUUGUUGUUGGGAAAUGUGUGAAGAUGUGUUCUUUUUCCCAUCUUUUUGUACUAAGAAAAACGUGUUGAAGCCAAAGCGUGGUAGCAUCGACAGCACGCACGCACGCGCGCAACACACAUUAGCCCCUUUUGCACAAUUUGUUCGAGCGCCGGUCAAGUCAACUUCUCACUGUGCGUGUUGACCCCAAAUAGGUCAUAGUUGACCUGCAAAAUUUGGUUUCCCUUCCCGCUGUAUGUGUAAAAGGUAGCGAGUGACACGAAAUGUCCACUUGUGAACUUCCCGCCUUCCACUAACGGUAUCAAAUCAAAUUUGCGACUGCGUGCAGGCAAAUAUUUGGCGGAAGCUCGCGGCUGUCACUUUGCAGGCUCUCCGUCGAAAGCCCGUGUGGGCAGCGUUAGCCGUAAGAGCCGAGCCACAUCCAUUUUCACUCGCUUUUGUGUGAAAGGGGCUAGCGUUUGUCACCGGCCAAUAAAAAGAUCCAAAUACUGACAGCUUUAUUUUGAAAGCACGUGUGAAAUUUUGGGGGGGGACUCAUUGCAACUUUUCUACCCCCUCCGUACGUCCCUGCACUGACUGUUCAAGCUCACAUAGUUUUAUUUUUUAUAUCUUUUUUUUGUCUUGUUGAUUUCAGUGGAGUGAGUACUUGUGUGUAUGCGUAUGUGUGCGGUCCGGUGGCUCGGUGUUCCAAGAGGAAGACCCCCACAGACCAAAAAAAAGGGCCUGGGGGGUGAGAUACUUUCAAACAAAAUAAUAAAAGACUAUCGGGGGGUGAUGGGGAAAAAGGAAAGGGAAAAAAAAAGAACAUUUGUAAGUGAACUCGAGUGGUGUUUACUCAAAUGACGUAUGUAUGUUAAUCAUCAACAACCACAAAAGUUCUAUGGCAAAGAUAUAAUAAAUUAAUUUCGAAAUUUCAA